AGAUUUCGUUGGGUGCUUCAGACGGCAAGAACUCAUCAUGAAAAAUCAAGUAGCUUUGAUUUUCUUCCUGAUCAAACUUUAUGGGAGUAUGGCAGACGACAUCUCAUUUAAAAACAGCCAAAAUACAAGUUCCAUCGUAGAGGGCGUCACACUGACAAGUGAAAGAGCUGUUCUUAACGAUGUGUUUCUCAAUUACACCAUGACGACGGAGGGCUACGAUGCCUUCGCAUGGGUAACAGCAAGAGGGGGUAUUGCGAUGGAUAGAGAAGAAAGUAUGUUUCCUGUAAGGAUAGAGAGAAACCUGAUCAACGGAAGUGACAUGGACCACACCACAAAGUCCUGUGAUUCUUGGGAAUGGAAUGUACUAAGAUGGGGAAUAUUCGACUGUAUCCAGGUACUCAUCGGUGUCGUCGGCAUCACUGGGAACCUUCUUGUUAUUGUCGUCCUAGCCAAACGUCGUGAGGCCUUGCACUCAAUGGAUAUCAUGGUGGGUGCGUUAGCCAUUGCCGACUUGGUCAGCUCCGUCUUUAUCAUCCCAGUGCCAACAUCGAAGAGGAUACCGCGCUCGCCGCUAGGGUUCUUCUUCUGCAAGAUGAUAGACUCUCGGUAUUUCCUAUUUCAUGGACUGCGGACAUCGUCCUACAUUCUCAUGGCAAUGGGAAUCGAACGUUACAUGGCUGUUGCGAAUCCUCUUCACCACAUGUUCGUAUUUACCCCUCGACGCAGCAAGAUGGCCAUCAUGCUUAUCUGGGUAGCUGGCAUACUUUCCGCGUUGUUCAUCCCCUUUGUCUUUGUGAUAACUCCCCAGUGCACAUGCCUCUACAGAGCUGUCCCGAGCGUUGUCCUCCCCAUUGGAAUCUUCAAUUACCUGGUGACCGUAGUCCUCCCGAUCACGACCCUCCUCAUUACUCAAAGUCUCACGGCAUGUUCCCUUCACAAUCAACGCAAGAUCGCUAAGAACGCACAGAUCCAGAAGACCGACAGACCAACGUUCCAUGUCGUCGCCAGGAACCGCGUCCUCAAACUCAUGCUAAUCGUUGUCAGCGCCUACAUCAUUUGCUUCACCCCGAACAUGACAGCCUAUUUCCUGGUGAACAUGGGCGUCUUACCCAUUACUUACAUUUGGAGUCCCUUGAGUUCUAGCUUAAUCCUGCUCAUGUUCAUCAAUUCCUGCGCUAACCCGAUUAUCUAUACCAUCCGUCAUCCUCCGUUCCGGAAGGCGCUUAAGCAGUUAUUCUGUGCAGGGCCGAUCGGAUCACCUCGGAAUGGCGCUCCGCUAUUUGGUCAUAAUCCGGAGUCCGCGGUAAUAAGUACAAAUGUGAAAGAAUCAGUUUCAAAGGUCAACGGAUCCAAGGCCUAGAGUCAAGAAAAUAAAUGCAAGGUAUAUCAAAGAAUGAUGGAGCUAUAAAUGUUAAUUUUUCAUCGAAAUUGGCGAGUG